AUGGAUAAAAUUGUCCGCACGGUGUACAGGCAGCUCUACAAGAAGGCUGCCAGCGUCGACAAAGACAUUGCGAUGCGGUCUGUUCUGACAUGUUCGCCACAGCGGCUGUAUGAUCAUCGCCGUGGGGUGUGGAUUGCCUUUGACCUGGCGAAGCAGUCGGGGUGGCCGGAGUCCCGCAUUUUCCUCGACAGCCUCAUCCGCAAACUGAACCACGGCCGCGAUUUCUUCAUCCCACAGGCUGGACGCGACGCGGAUGAUGACGGGUGUCGUGGCGGCAGCGGUGAGGGUAAUAGGAGUGGCGGCAACGAUAGCGGUAGCAGCAACAGCAGCAGCGGUGCUCAUGAGAAUGAGGAUGGCAACAAAAGCAAUAAAAAUAAUACUCAUGGCGGGGGUGAGCCGUCCCCUACGCUUCUGCAGGUUCUCCGGAAGUCUUUUGAGGAAACACCGUUUACUAUCGGCCAGAUGAACAAUGCGUUUGCGGCACUGAAGGAACUUGCGUACGUGACAGAAAUGGCAUCAAAGCACUACGGGUCAGGUGUUUCGCCACCCAAGGAGUUCGAUACGCUUCCAAAGCCCAAACUCACAGUUGUGGAUACGGUGGGGGAGAUGCAUCAUUUGUCUCUCACAAAAGGGCUCUCGGAUGUUCUGGAACGACUCUCCGGUGAAGAAAAAGGCAUGGUAAGCCGCAAAUCCGAGGAGGAUGUGCGCGUCAAGGAGGAAACAAAGGAUGGGACAGGAAAGGGCGAUGAGGACAAUGAUGAUGACAGUGAUGAUGAUAAUUUUGGAUUGUCUGGUAAGACGCCAAGAAAAAAUCCUUUUGAAACACCAAAGGCGGUUCACAUGCUCUUGGCACAUCCGCAGCUAUAUGAAUUUUUCCGUUACAGUGUCAUGAUAGUCGUUCGCUCCACCCCAAAUGAGGCUGCUGCGUUUAUACUCAACAAACCGCUGGAAAAUGACGAGGGCAUGUUGAUGCAAGUUAACUCCACGAUUCGUCUGAACCACGUUCAUCCCAUUUUGGGCAAACACCUUGGUAAUCACACCGUGAUGAUUGGGGGUCCUGUUAGCCGCGGUUCCUUUGACUCGAGUAUUCUUCUGCUCCACCGCAUCCCUGAUGUGGAGGAUGCGAUCCCAGUCUCUCAAUCGCUGUGGGUGGAUGGGAACUACGACGUGCUGCAGAAGAAACUCGAUGAUGGUACCGCCGAUGCGAAGGACAUUGUUGUGAUUUGCGGCUUUAGUGGAUGGGGAGCGGGUCAGCUUGCGGGGGAGAUAAGUUCCGGCACUUGGGUUGUGGCGCGCGGCAGUGCCGACGAUCCUGCGAUGGACGACUUUAUCUUUGCGCUUGCACGACACGCGGGGGAAUCGUAUUGUGGGGCACCACAACAACCAUUAGAAUCAGCUUCAUCAUCCUCGUCGUCGUCGUCGCGGAGGAAGGCCAAGAAGAUGCCACAGGGUGGAGAAUGCCGAAUUCGGAGUGCGGCUGCGUGGGCAUGGGCCUACAGCGCGCUUGGCCCACCGUACGCGGAUCUCGCUCGGAACCAAAAGCCUUUUAUGCAAGACCCACGAGAGAACUAG